AUUUUUAUCUAUUCAUCGCUUACUUUAAUGCGUCAUAUUACUGUGUGAACUCAAUAAUUUUUGCUUACAAUUAAUGUGUGAAUACACGUAGAUAUCUCCAAGCAAAGGUGAAAUGUUAUCAGAAAAGUGAUAUAAUUUAUAUUCAUAUGCUAGAGUGAGCCACAUGUCAAACACACGUCUCUAUUGAUACAAAUAUUUUCUUUUCAAGUUUUCAAGAGUAGUGUGUGUGUGCUCCUUGAUCAAGGAGUUCCAAAUGGCGUUGGUAGAAUCUAAUAAUAAGCCUAAAAAUGGUAAAGAUCCACCUCAGCAGAAUCAUGAAGAAGGUAUGGAGGUCCCUGUUCCCUCAGUAUUGACAACAAGUAUAAUAACACCUUUCCAAAGCACUCAGGUGGACGAAAUCACCGAGGAUUAUGAAAACUUUAUCAGUACAUCAGCAAUACUUCAUUAUUGCAAACACAAAAUACUCAGACCAUACUUGAGAUUGUUAAGCGUAAUGGGAUUAAGGCCAACUAGUAGCGAUGACUCUGAUCAUUUCUUAAGAUGUUCUAUUCUGGCGAAUUUUCAUACUCUUCAAGUUACUAUAUUUAUAUGUAUUGGAUACGUUUUACAAUAUAUGGCUUGUUUCAGGAGAGAUCGUGGAUUCUGUUACAAAGUAUUAGUGCAGGAGCAAAAUUUAUUGAGUGUUAGCGGAGAAGCGCCCUUUUGUUACGGAAAUGUGAUAUUCAGCUACUUGAUCCCAAGUGCAUUACAUCUAAUCGCGUAUCUGUACACGAUAUACUUGUUUCGCAUUAAAGAAAACGAACAGCUGCAAAAUCUCAUGGAGAGAGCGUUCCUGCUCUCCUCGAAUCCGAUAAAUCGGGGCAAUCAGAAGCGUCUUGUACAUAUAUUAUGGCUAUUCAUAGCAUUGAGUAUAGUGUGGAUGAUCACCGCAUUGAUUACAGUGAAUAUUCAGAUGGCAAAGGGAAAUAUAAUGUUUCAAUGGGUAGAGAAUAGCCCAUAUCAAGUAAGGAUAAUGUUGAAAGUAUUCCUGGUCAUUUGUACUUUAUGGCACGACAUGAUUCAGGGAACUAUUAUAACGAGCUAUUGCUUGCAAGGACAGCUGUUAAUGUCGCAUCUCUACUUUCUACGCGGAAAGUUGCUCCAACAUAUCUUGCUACCCAUUGAUUGGAUGAGGGACAUCGAUGAAUUUAAGAAACUGUUGAAAUACUUCAAUGACGGAUUAGGCCCAGCUGUAUGCAUCUAUACUAUAGUUAAUCUGUCAUGGGCUUCUACGGGUAUCGUAUGGCUGUUUCAAUACUAUAUCAACGAUGUGAGUGACACGUAUCCAAUCACGUACGUUAAUGUGAUGAAUGUUGUAUUAUGGAUCCUGAUAUCAGUUGCACCAUUCAUACAAGCUGCACGCUUAACAAAUGCUUGUUCCAUGAUCCGAGCCGUAGGACACGAGAUACGUAUUCGGCCUUUCGUAUACCAAACUACUCCAGGAGAAGAUCUCGAUAGUAUACUUUUGUAUACGUCUUCUCUGAAGAUGAGCGCUAAAUUGUUCAGGAUACCUAUCAAAGGUAAAUACUUGUGUUGUCUGCUCACUAUCGGCAGUAUUUCUGUCCUUACUUUAGGACAGUGUCAAUUUUUCUUAUAAUUAUAUGUAGUGUUUUAAUCAAGACUGUAGAUGCAUCAAACAAGAUGAAUCGAGCAAUUUUUCAAAUAUAUAUAAAUAGUCCUUAUAGCACAAUUGUGCAUAUAUAAAUAUAUAUAUACAUCUGUAGAAAAUGUACUAUCAAUUUUCCCUUUAUUUAGAUAAAUUAUUUAGACCUAAAAGUUUUUUUAUAA